AUGGGAAUACUGCCGGCCGAACGGGUUGGGUUGAGGCUGGCUGGCCCUGAGUUCGCCGCAUAUGGCCCCUCGGCCACCGCGGGCCUCGUGACAGUUUCACGGAUAGGACGGCAGCCCGUCGACCACCGAGCCCGGGUAGAAUGGCAAGCCCUCUCCAGUUUCAAGUCUGCGCCAUUCGCCAUGUAUGCCCAUUCGCCGACAAUGCCCAUGCGCCUGGCCAUACGCCUUGCCCUGGGGCGAGCGCACCCUUGCCGUCCUUGCCGCCAGGUGCCCUGGGCGAAUCUGCUCCUCCGCCGGGGCCGUGCCGAAUCUCCAGGCCAUCUGGCAGGCCUGGCCGGGGACAAGACCGGGGAACCCCUUUCCGGCUAG